AUGUGGGACAAAGUCACCACAGAUGAACUCACAAAAGCUGAACUACGACACGAAGACCUCCAUACCAAGAUCCGCCAGGAUGUUAUGUGCCGAGGCGGUAAACUAGUCAGAUUAUCAGCUGUAGAUAUAGACGCAGCGAAGAUACUUCAACAUGUUGUGGGAAAAGACAGAAAGCUAACGCUGGCGUUCCAACGAGAAUUGGUGGAUGAGAAUCGGCUCCUUCAUGAAACCGGUGCUGGCCAAGUGUUAUUUGAACAUUUGACUGGAUCAUUCGCGACACUACAAGCUAGGACAGAUGAUGUCCAUGAGAGAAUAGCUGAUAUGGCUCACUGUUCCCGAAGAGACGAGUUGCGUGAGCUUGAGGAUGCGGUUACUGAGAUGGCUGGAAGCAUGCAGUCAGUUGAUGAAGAUAUUGAGCGCACGAGAAUGACUCUUAGCGAUAUCCGCGAGGCGUGGGAUGGUUAUAUCAUUCGUGACAAUGAAGCUAUUUCGGCGGCAGCGCAACGUAUCGAGCGACAACUAGAAACCGAGCGCAGCCAACAGGUCAGAGGCACCGCCCAGAUUGCUUCAGUUGAGCACGCCUAUGGAGGCUCCAGUGUAUCACUUUCUUCAGCAAGUGGAUCGCAGCCUUCUCAAACCUACACAGCGCUCAGGUUAGAAGAGCUCGAAAAAGAACGAGACGCCCUUACGUAUCAAAUGCGCCAAAGGCUGAACAGGCGAUACACGACACAUUCACGAGCCGCAACAAGAAUAGGAGUCAUAGGCACUGGCCUAGCUGUCGGUCAGCUCAUCGCAGCAAUGGCGUGCGUGGUGAUGUGA